UGUCUCUGAUCUAUCUACGGAGGCUACCAUAGCUUGCUGGUACGUUAGACAAACGGUGCUUAAUUCCGUGGACUGCUGGAAUAAGCGGCAAACUGCAUAAUAAAAAGCAGUUAAAUGAAUUGAUGGGAUUAGUGAAAAGUGUCCUUAUAUAGAUUGAAAGUGUUCAUGACAGACUCCCAACACCCUGCCUAAAGUGACAGACGAGAUGGGGAAUCUUUGGACGAGAUUCAAACAUAAAAAAGUCCGAAUUUUACUGCUAGGUUUGGACGGGUCGGGGAAGACCACCCUGUUAUACCGCCUUAAACUAGGGGAGGUGAUGACAACACUCCCCACUUUAGGGUUUAACGUGGAGACACUGAGCUAUAAAAACAUCACGUUCAUCACAUAUGACAUCGGCGGUGGUGCCAAAGUGCGCAAUGUGAUCCCCCAUCACUUCGAAAGCAGAGACACUGUUGUCAUUGUGAUAGAUGGCUCGGACUCCGAGCGUCUGGAUGAGCUAAACCGUGACAUCAUCAAGCCUGCUCUGGACUCGGAGGAUCUUGCAGACAGCAUCUUCCUGUUCCUGGUCAAUAAACACGACCUUCCCAAUUGCCUGAGUGCGGAGGAGGUUGCUGCCAAGUUGAACUUGAAGGCGUUGAAACAUUCCUGGCACAUCCUGGCAAUAAGCGCCGAUCGAGGGGACGGACUUACUGACAGUUUGGACUGGCUCGCAUCUCGCCUGUGCCCCUCUUCAAAAUUUCUCCGAAGAACUCCACCCGUACUUUGACCAUCCAAUUGCGUUCAUAUCCCCGAUGAUAAUGGCAUCAACCCCGCAAUUCAUUACUUAUAUUUACACCAAACAGUUCAUAAUUUCAUUCAAGAAUUGUUAAAUAAAUACUUCAUUUCAUUUAAGGAUACCUUUCAGUAAUCCUUUCUUACCCAUUCUGUAAAUAUAACGACCCGACUGUAACCGGAAACAUUUUUUUCAAAUGACGUCACAAUAACGCGGGAAAUGAUGAACUACUUGAAAUCACUUUUAAACGUAAAAUUGAAACACUUAUGACAACAAUACAUUUCAAAUAUAAUAAAUUAACACUUUCUAAAAUGUUUAUUUCUACUUUACGGGACCAUCUGACACAAUUCAAACAAUAACCAGAUCAAUAGUUUUUAUGUAUAUUGUUAAGCGAUGAAUUGCGAUCCGAACAUAUCCGAAGAUGUUGCGUUCAUCGAUCGACAAACGCAAUUGCCAAAAAGGCAGUUCAUUUAAGGAAUGGAAGUUGAGGUGUAAAUAUUUAUAAUUGAUCUUCAAUUUUCUAUGUAGACUCUGAAAGGGACUCGCUCAUGUUUUUGAACCAACAUUUAAUUUCCCGAAAAUUCAUCUGAAAAUGAGUAAAAAAAUAAUUUGGUUUUAGUGAGGAGAGACACUUUAUUAAAUAUAUUGGUGACAUUACAUGACAAUGUAAUGCACCAGUCAAUUGUUACCACGGCUCCCCCAGGUCCGGGGAAUAGCGGGGACUUUGACUUUCGGUCCAGCCAAGCCCGGGCAAAAUCCCCGCUCUGCGGGGACGAACUUCUGGUAAAAUCCCCGCCAAAUGCCCCUGCACCCCAGGGACCUUAGGUAAGGCCCAUUCCCCGCUAUUUUUUGCGACAAGACAAAACCACCGCAUUCACCCGGCACUGCAGGGCCACCUGGAAGGUAAAAAACGGCCCAUUUUCCCGGCUAUGCCCGGUAUACCCCCGGACCUUGGUGGCCGUGGUCACAGUUGAUUAGUGCAUAUUCUACCAGUCGCGGAACAUGCCCUUCAGGUUUCUAAUGUUUAUCAAAAUUGUGGUCUUCAAAGAAAAUAUUUGAGCAAAUAUCAACAUUUGCUGAAGGGGACCAGCUGUCAGUAUCUUAGUUUCAACACUCCUAAUGAUUUGCUACAAUAUAUUUCGUGUUUUUUUUUAUUCGUUAAAAGUGCAUUUUACAAAUCAUGAACGAGUCCCUUUACAACAUAACGUUUGCUGUAUCUGAUAUUUGUUUUUGUUUUUUUUUUUCUCGCUAUGAGAUGGCAUUUUAGAUAAAUCUAGCUGUAACCAGUCACUGCAGACAGAUGCUCAGAAUAGGAAUGAUUUUUUUUCCAUUCACAACACAUCGGCCAUUUUCCAUCGAAAACAACCUUGGAUGUAUAUGGGCGGUUCACAAUGUCAGAAAUCCUUACAUUUAACUACGCUGCAUUAAGUAGAUCGCGUAGUGAUUUCAAUGUAGCAGUUAAACUUUAAGACGUUACUCUUGAGAAUCUUUAUCAUUUAUGCAAUAAUUAAUUUCCCUGGCAAUCAAUUUAAACUUAGUUAUACAAAAUACACGUUAAAACACUGCAAAUAAUUAUUUACUUAUUUAUUUUACAAACCACUUUCAUGUACCGGCAUACAUCCGAGGUUGUAUUCAAUGGGUUCCGAAUUAUUAUUUUUUUCAGAUGAACACGAUAAAAUGAACAAGACAUUAUUGAGACAUUCGUCAACUUAUUUAAAAUUUGAAAAAAAAUGUUAACCAAGAACGUUCAGAUUUUUGCGUUUCUAUUUCGCAACAUAUGUACACUAUACGUCAUAAUGAUAUUAAUUAUAAACUUGUACAUUGUAUAUCGAGUUCAUAACUUGUGUUUCAUAUAUAUUUACUUUUAGUGUAUUAUCAUUUUAUUUAAUUGUCUUUCAUUGUUCGGCCUUUGAUACAGAUAAUAUAUUUUAGAUCAUCUUACAUUAAUGGUUUGUUGUAUUUGUA